ACCAUGAGCAGAUCCCAGGCCUGCCUGACCUCCAGCCACUGAAACAGCUCCAUUCUGCCGCGAUGACCAAUCAGAAUUCUAGAUAGCACAGACUUAUUAUUAUAUGUCGCAUAUACAUCUCCAUCGCGUGCAAGGUAUAUCCAACACUGGUGGGACCCUUGCUGCUAUAAUCGGAACAGUUGGCGCUCGUGGAACUAGUAGGCUCCUUCAAAGGAUUUUUAUUGCUCACAUCAUUCCAGUAUUUCUGUGCAGCACUAUUCUACAAUGUCUACUCUACUGGAGAAAGAGUCAAUUUUGAUGAAACGAUCAUCAGCUUUUAAAAAUUCUCCUUGUUUAGCCAUCUAGUUUUGUGUGUGAUCUGGAAGGGCAAUACAGUUAACGAAUACAUUUCACUAUAAGCAGGAUAUGUUCAUACUUAGUCUUUAACAGAGGCGAGACAUGAUUGUAAAUAACAGAAAGUUUGGCUAUUAUUUUUCCAUCUAAAAAGGGUCAGUUGACUUUCAUUAACAUGUUCGACAAAUUCAUGCGUAGCCAAAAAUCUGACUCGACCUGUUUCAGGAUUCCAUAUUUUUGGUUUGAGUUGUGCAGUUUCUGCUUAUGUACUAGUACUAUUUUGUACCAACAAAUACAGAAGUUGUUGACAUAGCCAUCAAUAUUUUGUGUUACACUGGCUAAUUUUAUAAUCCAAGUUUCAGUUAUCAUUGUCACUUUCAUUUGCUGGGUAUUACUGAGUCAGACCAAGCAGGUGCUGAAUCAGUCUCAUCCAACUACAUCACGAAAUUACUUGGUGUCUAAUGAAGUCAACUAUGCGUUUGGUUUGGACAGAGAUCACCAACCCUGCAGAUGAAGAAAACACAAAGUCCUCCGAUCAUCUGCCCUGCUCAUAUCAGAAGACUGAAUACCAACUCCGGUGACCGCUCAACACUAGAAGAGGACCGUCACAAGUCCAAUAAUCCAGCCUUGAGUUACAUCACAAGUGCUGCAAAGAAGGUAGGUGGAGUUUUUUCUGUUAUUUUCUUUGGACGCAAGAAAGCUGAUCCCGUGUCUAGUCGAGAUCAAGUGCUGCCAGACGCAUGGCGUUACCUAGCUGGACAGAGUCCUAAUUUCGCGGGUGAUAGUAGGAGGUCAUCAAGAUCAAGGCGUUCCAAUUAUGAUUCAUACCCAGAGGUUGAUUCUGCAAAGUUGAGGAAUAGCUCAGCAUUUAAAGAAAUCUAUAACGCAACAGGAAAUUUCUCCCUAGAUAACAAAAUUGGUGAAGGGGGAUUUGGGACUGUGUAUAAAGGGACACUUAAGGAUGGUCGUGUUGUUGCUGUAAAGCGUGCAAAAAGCGAAACUUAUGAUCAACGCCUGUCAGCAGAGUUCAAGAACGAGAUCCUAGCCUUAUCAAAGAUUGAGCACCUGAGUUUGGUAAGAUUUUACGGGUGUCUUGAGCAUGGAGACGAGCGCCUUAUUAUCAUUGAAUAUGUCAGCAACGGGACCCUCCGAGAACACUUGGAUGGAACUCGUCCAAAUGAGCUUCAAAUCGGAGAGCGAUUGGAUAUUGCAAUUGAUGUAGCUCAUGGUAUUACCUAUCUUCACUCGUAUACAGAUCCCCCCAUCAUCCAUAGAGACAUCAAAGCAUCGAACAUACUCAUUACAGAAAAACUCAGAGCCAAAGUGGCUGAUUUUGGGUUUGCGCGGUUAGCUGCAGAAAACCCUGUUGCCACUCACAUUUCUACGCAAAUCAAAGGAACUGCUGGCUACUUGGAUCCUGAGUACCUGAGGACAUACCAGCUUACUGAAAAGAGUGAUGUCUACUCAUUCGGUGUAUUACUCAUUGAAAUGAUGACAGGCAGGCAACCUAUAGAGUCGAAUAAAGGCCUGGACGAGAGACUUACCAUAAAAUGGGCACUUAGGAGACUAAGAAAUGGAGAGGUCGUUGUGGCUAUGGAUCCAAGGCUACGAAGGAGCAUUCCAUCCAUCCACGCAGUCGAAAGGGUCCUCAAACUCGCCCGCCUCUGCCUGGCACCAUCAAGACUAUCAAGACCUUCAAUGAGACUGUGUGCAGAAAAAUUAUGGGAUAUUCGACGAGAACUCAGAGAAAAUGCGACUGCUAGAGCUAUUUCCUCUCCCUUCCACUCUGCCAGGCAGAAUGUGUUUGGGAGUGAAAACAGUUCUACAUAAGCAGUUUAUUCGCAUAAAUAUAUAUCUACUUGCUUUCACUUUAUCAGAUUGUAUCAUUGAAAAUGUGAGACUCGUAUCAGAUGUAUAUAUCUUUACCAUGAAAGCUCGGGUUCUUGAUUUA